GUAACAGUGACUAGUGGUUCUCGUUUCGUUUUCGCGCGUCUUUAAACACCGAAUUGUUCCUUUAAGUGGAAGAACUAACGGAUAAUCAAAUGGCUGACAACACUAAACUGUUGGCAUUGCUGCAGCGCCCCCUCGAGCCAACGUUCUACCCAAAAGAUGGCGGCAAAACGGUGGUCGAUCUGCCGGAAAACUAUCUCACCGAUCGCUACAAACCGAUCGGCCAGUCGCUCCAGACGCGCUUCUCGUCCGAAGCGGAUACGCGCAUCGCUGUGCGGGCUACUACUCUGCCCGACAUUAGAUUUGCCGAGGAGCUGCCUAGAAGGGGCGAUUUUUCGCUGUUUAUUCCGAAGCAUCGCAAAAUUGCUGGUGAUUUGAUUAAACUGUUCUUGGACCAGCCGGAUGUAGACACGCUGAUGAGUGUUAGUUCGUACGCGAGAGAUCGGUUGAAUCCGGUCCUGUACCAGUACGCCAUGGCUGUAGCCAUUCAGCAUCGGCCCGAUACGAAGAACCUAAACAUUCCUUCGUUCUUUGAUCUGUUUCCGGAUUCGUUCGUCGAUCCGACGGUCAUUCCAAAGCUUCGAGAGGAAGGCGCAGUUGUAAACAAUCAAAGAGAUCGGAUCACAAUAGACAUUGCAAUGAACUACACUGCUUCCGAUCGGGAGGAUGAGCAGCGGUUGGCCUACUUCCGCGAGGAUAUCGGUGUGAACCUGCACCAUUGGCAUUGGCAUCUGGUGUAUCCGGGCGAGGGUCCAAAUAACGUAGUCAAUAAGGAUCGACGUGGUGAGCUGUUCUACUAUAUGCAUCAGCAGCUGAUCGCUCGCUACAAUGUGGAUCGAUUCUGCAAUCGAUUGAGCCGCGUGCGUCCUCUGACUAGCUUGCGAGAGCCACUACCGGAAGGAUACUUCCCGAAGAUCGUUCGAAGCUUAACAAACCGAGGUUUUCCUGCUCGUCCACAAAAUACAAUCUUGAGGGAUUUGAAUCGAAUUGAGGACGAUGUCGUUCUUUCAAUUACCGACAUUGAACUAUGGGGUAGCCGUAUUGCUGAGAGCAUCGAUGGCGGUUACGUUGUUGCCCCCGGAGGAAAUCGGAUUCCGCUCGAUGAGCAGACUGGCAUUGAUGUGCUGGGUAACAUCAUAGAACCGUCGGCACUGUCGGUCAACAGUCAAUACUACGGUAACUAUCACGGCCACAUGCACAAUCUGAUUUCGUUCAGCCACGAUCCGGAGAACCGCUUCCUGGAGGGAUACGGUGUGGUGGGCGAGUUCCAGACCGCUAUGCGCGAUCCCGCCUUCUACCGUCUGCACGCUCAGGUGGACAACAUGUUCCAUCGCUACAAGCGCACGCUGCAGCCGUACAAUGCCAAUCAACUCGGGUACGCCGGUGUACAGAUACAAUCGUUCGGUGUACAGUUGAACCGUGCCAAUGCGCCGGCCAAUGUGCUGCUGACGUACUGGCAGCGGUCACAGAUUGAUUUGGGCACCGGACUCGACUUUGGGCCUCAAGGAAACGUGUUUGCAUCGUUCACGCAUCUGCAGCACGCACCGUUCACUUACCGUUUCGCGGUGAACAACACUACCGGUGCGGCUCGUCGUGGAACGUGUCGUAUCUUCAUAGCACCGAAGACGGACGAACGUAACACUCCGCUGACGAUGGACGAGCAGCGCUUAUUGAUGAUCGAGUUGGAUAAAUUCCGUGUCAAUUUGACUCCCGGUGUUAAUAAUAUUGUUCGUCGUUCGGAACAAUCGAGUGUUACCAUUCCGUACGAGAGAACCUUCCGUCCGAUGGCACUAUCUAACAUUAAUCUACCCGAAACGGAACAGUUCCGCUUCUGCAACUGCGGCUGGCCCCAUCAUUUACUGCUUCCCAAGGGCACGGCCGAGGGAAUGAAGUUCGACCUGUUCCUUAUGAUCUCCAACUUUGCCGAUGAUACCGUCAACCAGGAGUUUAACGAGGACAUAAACUGCAACGAUUCCCAUUCGUUCUGUGGCAUCCGCGAUCAGCUGUAUCCCGAUAAGCGUCACAUGGGAUAUCCGUUUGAUCGUCGUAUACCGACGGCCACGCGUACGCUGUCAGACUUUACGCGUCCAAACAGUAAUAUGACCAACAUUGAGGUACAAAUUCGCUUCACAAAUACGGUGAUUGCACGAACCUAAAUGAAUGCCUCUCCUGCUCAACUCGUGAAUAUGUACCAAGUACGCCUCAAUAGGGAGGGUGAUCGUUUAGUUGGAUUUGGAAACAUAGCAAUGUUGUUACCGUUUCUAAUUUCCGAAUAACGAUUUAAUACGGAUAAACUCUGCAAUUGAGGCUCUUGAUAUGGUUCAAAAGGAUGCCGACCGGUGAAUGAUUCUGUUUUACUCAUGAAUUAUGUUUGAAUAUAAUCGAAUAAAGUGUUGCAUUUGAAAAA